CCACGAAAUUCUCAAAUCCACUGUCCGAAAAUCUCCCAAUUCUCUCUCUCCAAUUUGUGAAUUCUCUCUCAAAAGGGUAUCAGAUUCAGUGCUCAGAUUAGGUUGAAAUGGAGACUGGCGGUGGUAAGAUCAAGAAGGGCGCCGGGGGAAGGAAGGGCGGUGGCCCCAAGAAGAAGGCGGUGACCCGCUCCGUCAGAGCCGGCCUGCAAUUUCCGGUCGGUAGGAUUGGCCGUUACUUGAAGAAGGGAAGGUAUGCUCAGCGUGUCGGCUCCGGAGCUCCGGUCUACUUGGCCGCCGUGCUUGAGUACCUCGCAGCUGAAGUGCUGGAGUUGGCCGGAAAUGCAGCUCGGGACAACAAGAAGAACAGGAUUAUCCCAAGGCAUCUGUUACUGGCUGUGAGGAACGAUGAAGAGCUUGGAAAGCUUCUUGCUGGGGUUACUAUUGCUCAUGGAGGUGUGCUACCCAACAUCAACCCAAUUCUGCUACCCAAGAAGGCUGAGAAGGCUGGAGGAGUUGCCAAGGAGCCCAAGUCCCCAUCGAAGGCUGGCAAGUCACCCAAGAAGGCGGCGGCAUAGAUUCUGUGAAUGGUUGCUUGUUUAGGGUUUAGUUUGAAUUGGUCCAUUUGUAUGUAAUCAAUCUCAGUAUCCAGGAUGUUGCUUUUGUUAUUUGUAGGGAAAAUUCCAAGGAAAUUUAAAGCUUUUGUUAUCGUUACAUGUUAGUGUUCAUCAUCAAGUCUAGGAACUUUUUGGAUUUGGUUUGGGAUUUGAUCAAUGAAACCCCCUGUUUCUGUGA